AUGACGGCAAAGACUCCGCCUCGCGGUCUCUUUGUCGCGAACGAGUCUCCCUCUGGCUCCCCAACCAGCAGCAUGACCUCAACAAAGAGUUACAUCCGGGAUUGGAUCUCCCGAACGCCAUCCCUGCUCCGACGUUUCUCUGCACCCUCUCGGAAGGCCGCUGCGCAGCCGACUGCUGUGCCCUCACCGACUGUAAACCCCACACAGCAGUCGCUGGCGAUGCUGGAGAUCGCGGAACCCAACAAUGUGAAGAUUGUGUCCAGGGCAAAAGCCGCUUGGGUCAUCAGUAUCCUGACUGGUGUUACUUUUGUUGGCAACAUGAGCACCGGGCUUGUGACGAUAUCCUUGCCCACGAUUGCACGGGAUCUAGGACUGGCGCCGCAUUUGCUCUUGUGGCCAGCAUCCGUAUUUCCGCUAGCUAGCGCGUGCUGCUUAGUUGUCGCUGGCGCAGUCGCCGACUUCAUCGGCAACCGCAACAUUAACCUGAUGGGCUGCUUCUUGCUGUCCAUCUUCACCACAGCAGCCGGCGUCGCCGACAAUGGCAUCCGGUUUAUCCUCUUUCGCGCCUUCCAAGGCGUCGCCUUGUCCCUCUGCUUGCCCACCACGAUCAGCAUCCUGACGAACAACUUCAUCGCGGGACGCCAGCGCAAUGUUGGUUUCGCCUGCGUCGGUCUCAGCCAGCCCCUAGGGUUUUCUUUUGGGUUGAUUCUCGGUGGCGUUGUCGUAGACACGUACUUAACCUGGCGUUUUGCCUUCUACUUCACAGCCGGUCUGAUGGGGCUGCUGUUUUUGGUGAGCAUCUGGCUUCUGCCGCAGGACACCCCUCGAGAGAAGUUCACCUGGCCACGAUUCAUCCGUGAAAUUGACUGGAUUGGCGCCUGCCUCAUAUCGGCGGCGCUGGGUAUCACGUCCUAUGUCCUUGCGGUCAUCACCGGGAACAUGGCCAAGGCCAAGAACGCCGAGAACAUUGCCAUGCUAUGCAUUGCUGGCACAUCUGCCAUCUCUUUUGGGUUCUGGAUGCAUUUCCGCGAGAAGUCGGGUCGCAUCGCUCUGAUACCGAACUCACUGUGGCGCAAGAGAGCGUUCACCACCAUCUGUCUCCUUGUCUUUCUCACGUACGCUGUGCUCAACGGCGUAGAAUACUUCCUUAGUCUGUUCUUCCAAGAGGUCCAGCUGCUGUCUGCGCUCGACGCGGCCAUUCGCUUCUUCCCCGAGGUGGUCGUCGGCAUCCUACUCAACCUGUUCACAGGACUUUUUGUUCAUAAGAUCAACGCCAAUCGUCUCAUUACGGUCUCGGCAGCCUUGACAUGCGUUGCACCGCUCAUAAUGGCCCUCAUCGAUCCGGCCUGGAACUUCUGGGUCGCUGCGUUCUGGGCUGCACUCUUAUGCCCCUUCAGCGUCGAUGUCAUUUUUACGGUCGCCAAUCUCAUCAUUACGGAUGCAUUCUCUGAGGGCACACAAGCACUGGCAGGUGCUGUCUUUAGUACAGUCGCUCAGUUCGGGCAUUCGGUUGGCUUGAUGGUCAUGGCAGUCACCUCGAACAGGGUCACAGCCAAGUCUUCCAUCGAGAACAAGGAGUCGCCUGAAGCUAUCAUGGAAGGAUAUCGAGUGGUCUUCUGGCUUUGUUUCGGGAUGCAGUUGUUGGCCUGCUUUGUUAGUGUCUGGGGACUCAGGGGCGUUGGCAAAGUUGGUCUGAAGCGAGAGUAG